CCUGGUUUCAUCAGUGUUGAGACUGCUGAGUGCAUGUGGUUAUCGUGAGUGAGAUUAGUUCGUCGAAGUCACUGUCAAAUGCUGCCCUGUCUACUAUCGAAAAUUGUAGCGGCGUACAAUCAUAAAAUUUAAGCGAUUAAUCACGUACGUGUUUAAAGAUUCUGUUACGUCAGCGAUAGAGAGAGAGAGAGAGAGAGAGAGAGAGAGAGAGAGAGAAAGAGGAGAAAAACACGCAGCGCUUAUAAUCUCCUCGCAACUCUUCAUUUUGGCUGAGUCAAGAGAUCUGGUGAAGAAAAGUACGUGAUCAAAAUGGAAUUUCCAAAUUUGGGGGAACAUUGCUCUGAGAGCACAUGCAACCGCUUGGAUUUUUUACCUCUGAAAUGCGACGCUUGCCAGGGAAUCUUUUGCACAGACCAUAUAACUUAUACAAAUCACAGCUGUCCCAGCGCAUACAAGAAGAAUAUACAGGUGCCUGUGUGUCCGUUGUGCGAUGUUCCUAUACCAAUAAAGCGCGGCGAUCUGCCUGACGUAGCUGUAGGAUUGCAUAUAGAUAAUGACUGUAGAGAAAGCCGGAGGAAGGUAUUCUCCAACAAGUGUUCUUCAAAGGGAUGCAAAGUCAAAGAAAUGGUACCGGUAAAAUGUAACGAAUGCGGUGCCAAUUUUUGCCUCAAACACAGACAUCCCACUGAUCAUGCUUGUAUCGGAGCAGAGGAAGCAUUGAGACUACGUAGGUUGGAAGCACUAAAUAAGAAAAGUCAAACGACAAUAUCACCGAGUAGUAGCAAUAGCAAUUUACAUCCAUUCCGAAGCCUUCAAGGAACAAUGACCGAGGAUGAAGCAUUAGCUAGAGCUCUCCAAGCUUCCUUGGACGAUGAAGAGAGAAGCAGACGUAUGUUACAACCAGUGCCUUCUGGAAACCGAGAUAGAUGUAGACUUUCGUAACUAUCUACACAUUAUUUUAUACCGUUAUAGAAAAAAAAGCUUCUUCCUUAUUUCCUAAAAAUCUAUAGAUAUAAAGAUAUGUAUUAUGAGUCCUAUUAAAGUUAGCGCCAAACUAUACAUAAUUUGUGAUUCGCUGAAUCUCGAAUAUGUGAAGCUCGCAGUUUGUAAGUAAUGUGGAUGGACAAAUUCAUUGAAUUCGCAUUUGUUGUUUACUAUUUAAUUUA